UAGUAGUACAUCCUCCUCCUCCUCCUCCUCCCCUCCUCCCUCCUGCUUGGUACCAGUAUACAGUGAGUCAUGGACGGGCUAGGGCAUACCGCCUUGGUGGCGCAGCUCGUCGGGACCGUGGGCAGGCUCAUCUCCAAGAUCAUUGAUGCUGCGAGGACGGCACGCCAGAACAAGCGGGAGUGCGAGUACCUCGCCGUCCUCCUGUCCAUCAUCGGCGACGUGCUUCCUCGCCUGCCGCAUGACGCGGAUGUGGAUCGGCCGCUCAGAGAGCUGGGCAAGACGCUGGGCGAAGCGCACGAGCUGGUCCUCGCCUGCCAGAAUUGGAGCACAGCCAGGCAGCUCAUCGGCGCCCGCUGCCAUGCCGACAGCUUGAAGGAGGUCAGUACGAGGAUCGACUCCUACAUCAACCUCUUGAACUUGGUCUUUAAUACCACCGCCGGCCGCUCCCCUCGCAACCACACGACGACAGCGCCGUCGCCGGGCAGUUCCUCUCGUCCUGCCGGCCCCGUGAGGCUCACGUGGGCGGAUACAGCAGCGGCGACCAAUUACUUCGCCGACGAACUCAGACGAGGCAGCUCGGAGGCGUUGUACAAGGGCCGUCUCCGCGACGGCCCGGAGGUGGCCGUGAAGGUGCUGAACAAGAACGGGCGGCACAACGUGGAGGGCGCGUUCGUGGCAGAGCGCUACAUCCUCUCCCCCCUCCGGCACGACCACAUCGUGCGACUCGUCGGCUGGUGCUCCGAUGAGGAGGACCGCAUGUUCGUCUACGAGCACGAGCAAAUGAGCAACGGCACGCUCAGAGACCACCUGAUGCGCCUGCGCCGGCGCGCGCGCGUUCGAGCGCGCCUGCGGGGCGGCUCCUCUAGCUCGUCGCCGGUGAGGGCGACCUGGAAGGCGCGCGUCGAGGUGCUGGUGGGCGCGUCGCAGGCCAUCGAGCACUUGCACGGCCGCGCGGUCAUCCAUCGCAACGUCAGCUCGUUCAACAUCCUCCUUGACGGAAGCUGGUCACCGCGCCUGUCUGGCUUCGGCGAAGCGAUCUUGCAGGAGGCGACCGGCGACCAGCUUGUCGCCGAGGUCGUCGGCACGCCCAGUUAUCUCGACCCGGAGUACCGCCGCACGGGGCGUGUGAGCCCGGCCAGCGAUGUGUACAGCUUCGGGACGGUGAUGCUAGAGGCGCUGACGGGGGAGGAUCCGGCCACUCUGCAGGUGGACUCCGCGCUGCUGGCCAUACGGAACAACAAGCUGCGGGAUGUGCUGGACCGCCGCCCGGCCACGGCGGGGCAGCUGGAGGCGCUGGAGCUCGUGGCACGCACGGCGGAGUGCUGCCUGUACCCGCAUGGGAAGGACAGGCCGGCCAUCUCGAAGGUUGUGGUCAGCCUCGCGAGGGCGCUCCUGAUCAUAAAUUUUACUCCAUCCGUUUCAAAAUAGAUGACCCAACUUUGUACUAAUUUUAGUAUAAAAGUUGGAUUAUCUAUUUUGGAACGGAGGAAGUCAGUCGGAGACUAACUCAGGGCGUCUCCCUCGAGGCCCAGGGAGAACUAAUAUUGCUAAAGCAUACUCUCACUUCAUUGUAUAACUUCAAAUCUGUCUUAUUCUGUAUUAUAUUUGGACAUGUAUAAAAUACUGAUGCUAAAAUCUAUAAAGGGGUAGUGAAGCAAAAACUACCCUCAUGUUUUAAACAACAAAUCUACUGAGAGCACCGUUUUGGUAUAUUGAGCUUCUUUUUCUAGUCUUUGUU